CGCAGGACUUUGACAGCGGCGGAGCUGCUCGACGGCUGCACGCACAAGCGAUGAUAAUAUACGCGAUAUAAAUGCGGUUUGCUCACGCUGACAGUGACGCCAGCAGCGCACGCACGCACGCCUCGGGACGCGAUGUUUGACGCGCGCUGAUUUCUGCGACUCAAGGCUGAUGUGUGAUCUGCGCUUCGUAUCUGCCCGCCAGUUCGGUAGACAUGGAGAGCCACUACAAUCCUCCGUCACCGCUGGACGACUCCGUGCUGGACAGUCCUCUGUGCCGGGACUUCAUCGGUGGGAUGGAAGAUCUCCAGGACAUCUCUCAAUCCAUCGAUGAGGACGCUCUCAGCACCUUGGAGGUGACGGAGAACCAGUCGUCAGGCCUGGGAUCAGGUUCAGAGAGUUCCACCGCGUUAGAUGCGCUGACCCCAGCGUCAAGCCCCUCGUCAUGUGUGUACGGUGGCCCAGUGGGACAGGAUGAGUUCACCUCUGGCUCUCUGAACCUGGAGUGUCGCGUGUGUUCUGAUCGAGCGUCUGGAUAUCACUAUGGAGUUCACGCCUGUGAGGGAUGUAAGGGUUUCUUUCGCCGCACCAUUCGCCUUAAACUGGAGUACGACAAGUGUGAACGCCGCUGUAAGAUCCUGAAGAAGAACCGGAACAAGUGCCAAUACUGUCGCUUUCAGAAGUGCCUGUCGGUGGGCAUGUCUCACAAUGCCAUUCGCUUCGGUCGAAUGCCUCAGUCGGAGAAGUUGAGGUUGAAGGCGGAGAUUCUGACCGGAGAGCGCGAGGUGGAGGAUCCUCAGGUGGCCGACCAGAAAACUCUCGCCAAGCAGAUCUACGAGGCGUACCUGAAGAACUUCAACAUGAACAAAUGCAAAGCACGCACCAUCUUGAUGGGGAAGGCGAGCACGCCGCCGUUUGUCAUUCACGACAUGGAGACGCUUCAGCUGGCCGAACAGACGUUUGUGGCGAAGAUGAUGGGCUCCUCCGGCAGUCUUCUGAAUAAAGACGCUGAGGUGCGAAUAUUCCACUGCUGUCAGUGCACAUCGGUGGAGACGGUCACUGAGCUGACGGAAUUCGCCAAGUCUGUGCCGGGCUUCUCUGACCUGGACCUGAACGACCAGGUGACGCUCUUGAAGUACGGCGUUCACGAGGCACUUUUCGCGAUGUUGGCGUCCUGCAUGAAUAAAGACGGUCUGCUGGUGGCGUACGGCAGUGGCUUCAUCACCAGAGAGUUCCUCAAGAGCUUACGACGGCCGUUCAGCGACAUGAUGGAGCCCAAGUUUCAGUUCGCCAGGAAGUUCAACUCCCUCGAGCUGGACGACAGCGAUCUGGCGUUGUUCGUCGCUGCCAUCAUCUGUUGUGGAGAUCGUCCCGGUCUGGUGAACGUCCCACACAUCGAGCGGAUGCAGGAGAGCAUCGUCAACGUUCUGCAGACGCAUCUGAGGAGCAACCAUCCCGACAACAGCUUUCUCUUCCCAAAACUCCUGCAGACACUGGUGGAUCUGCGUCAGCUGGUGACCGAGCACGCUCACUUAGUGCAGGAGAUCAAGAAGACGGAGGACACGUCGCUGCAUCCCUUACUGCAGGAGAUCUACAGAGACAUGUACUGACUCUCUAAAAGAGAGACACGCUGCCUCAAACACUGACAGCCUGCAACGAUAACCACGCUUCCCAGGGUGUGGGAUUCUGGGUAAAAAGCAGGGUUUUCCGAACAUUGUAAAAGCGAUCGGCUUGUGUGUUGGUGAACAUCCAGACAAUGGCAAUAGAAACUUGACCUGUGGUUUGGUAAGGUUUUCUCUGGAGAUGUUUUAUUACGCUCGGGCCAGAAACCUUGAAUAGAAAACACAUCCUCAUGCAGCAAUAUCACUUUUGUAUUAGCACGCAGUAGAUUUUCAGCACGGCCACCCAAGUGACUUCCACAGAAACUAGUGAAACUGCUCUUUACUCUUCAGGGUACGGAAGGAAAACUUGUUUUUGUUUUGUAUCACAUGCACUGGGCAGACAACACAACUUCGAUGCUUUGAGCGGUUUCUAGUCUUUUUAGUUCAACCGUUUUCUGCUCUCUUGUAGUUCUCAGAUCUGUGGUUGUAUCUGAUGUGAUGUGAAAUGUACAAAAUCACGGCAAUUGGGUGGACUGAGAUUCAGACCAAUGAGAUUUCUUGGUGGGCGUGUUUAGGGUUCAAUGGAAUGUCUGUCAGGACUCGUGCUACGUGCUGUUUAGUCCAUCAGUGCAAGCGCAGCGAAUGCAAAGCCCAGAUCUGUGACGGCAGAUAAAUACUUCAUUAUCAGACCCAGACAGAUCUCUAAACUGAAAUUCUGCUCAAUCUUGAUUGAUUGAAAUCUGAAAUCAAAAAUUUUGUGAAGAAAGGAGUGGGAAUGAGGCAGAGUUAUUUUAAUUCUGUAUAAAUCUUGUGUACUUCUUUUUUCGUUGUUUUUUUAUGUUACUGACACACUCUCUCGACUUGUGCCGUCUUACAGAGUGUGAAACGAAAUGAAAAAUGACUCAAUCAUUUUCUCUCUUUUAUAGUCCUUUCAUAUCCUAAGACAGUCUGGACACAUGUUGACUUUGGCGUUUCGGAUGGUUACACUAAAGCAAACUUACUGUGUUUUUCAAAGUUGUUAACUUUUGUUUCACUUAGUUUCAGCACAUCAUCACGUUUGAUCCGAUCCAGCAUUCAGUGUGUGAAAAUGAAUGAACGGGUCACUUGUGAGUGUGAAUGCAGUUUAAAACGUUAAAUGUACGUCAGCGAAUCUUUCGUUCCUGCAGAGACAUGCACUUAAACUGUAAAGUAUAUCAUGGUUUUUACUGGGAUCGAUGGAGUUUGUAACCUUGUAAAUAGUGACCGCUUGACGGUUGUGAUAAACGCUUUAUACCAGCUCAGAUGUUGUCUUUUUAUACUAAAGCAAAGAUAUCUUUAUUAAUAGAUAUGUAUAUAUCAGAUAUCGUUAUAGAAUUUAAUGCGGUGCAAUGUGAAAAUGGAGACAGAGCAACCCAGUUGUCAUGGAAAUGCAAUAUUUCCACAUUCCAUUACGAUUCCCAGAACCGAAGCACUAACCGAUUUAUCUAUAAACAUUAUUUGAGAUGUGAUUUGACCUUUUUCUCCUGUCGUCAGGGAUAUGCACUUGAUCCUAGAACAAUAUUCACAAUCUGAGAAUCUCCAAACACACAUCAUAACGGAGGUGUUGAAGAUGAACAGCGAGGUUCUUUCUGAGUCGUGGCCAUGUCGUAUUUUAACUUCAAUGUGUUCUGAAGCGAGUGCCAUAAAGCAAGAUGUUUCUGGAAAACAAGAACGUCUGAUCCUCAGGGAUCUUGACCAAUCGCAUUGAGUUUUGAUCAAAUGAUCUUUGUCUCCUGGUUGCCUUGAUGUACUGUAAUGUUCUUGUGGUCUCAGGUGUGAAGAUACUCAUCAUGUACAUGAUCUACGACUGCCAUGUGAUCUAAAUCAAGCCGAAUGUUCUCUCGUGCACUCCCUGCUGUCUCUCGACACACUGUCAGAGCCAUGUUAGUUAAUGCAGUAAAACACGUGUUUGCUCAACUUUACCUGCUGGGUUAGUGUAGUUUUUAUUCAUAUGCAGUUCGCUGAUUUAAUGUGAAUGUGUUUUUACAUCAGAAUGUACUGCAUUCACCUGAAUACUAGCUAACUACGUACUAAAUACUGCACAUAUGUUGUAUACUGCCUUUGUGUGUGAAUCAGAAUGCAGAACGUUCUGUUAUCAACUUUAUUGUGUAUUUGCAUUUUUGGUCCAAUUUUGUGUAGGAAUGUCAACCAGGAACAUUAAUAUUAAUUUGUGGUUGACAGUUUGUUUGGGGUCAAAGUAGGUGCAUUGCAUUGUGGGAUAUGUAGUUCUGGUUGUAUAUUUCUUAUUUUCAUAUUUUUGCUUAAACAAAAGCACUGCAUACUUUUUUAUACAGCAUAAAUAGUGUGUAAAGUGUGACAGUGUGCUUGUUCUGAACAUUGUCCUUCACCUGUGCCUUACGUGAAGAAUGCAAGUUUAUGAAGGUGAAUGACAUUACAGCGCAGUUAUAUCAUUAUAAAUACUAUUUGUUUUAAAGUGAACAACUGGAUGUUUCUAAAAUCGGACUUGCAUCCACUUUUUAGUACUAAAUGUUCUCAUUACAAGUAAUCUGUCAGAAUAUGAGCAAAUGUAUGCCUGUGCAUGAAGUAUUGUUUUAUUUUCUCAUAUUCAGAUGACACGUUUGAUUGUGUUUUCUUUUAAUAAUGACACAUAGCAGUUUAAGGGAUUUGAAUGGUUUUGUAUCAGGGAAUGGUGUGUUGGUCUUCCCAUAGUCCCUAUAGCUCAGGUCACAGUGAAAUACUGCUCUGCCUUCAACGGCAUCCUUUCUAAUAAAUGCUUGAUUUUAAGAAGCAGAUCUUUGUAUUAGCAAUUGAUUAUUAAUGAAAUGCUGCACAAAAGGGUGUUUGUUUUAUGAUGGCUUUGUAUCUAUAGACAAAUGUUUGUCCUAUCCUAGAAUAAAAAAUCUUUGUAAACCCA